AGAGAAGCAGCAGCUCAGCCACAAGUGGAUCUCCCUCAACCGCCCGAUGAUCCUAUCUCACUAAAUCGCUUUCAAACAUGAACAGGCCACCGAGGCUGUUCCUGUAACUGACGCCAGCUCCAACGUCUCCGGUGGAUCAAACCUGUCGCCUCUGUAACGCUGGAUACUUUUCAAGGCCUGAAGCGAUGCCUCGGUCCACAGUUGAGCUGUGAACCCGCCAAAACACUACCUCCACCCGGCGGCGCGUCGCCGAGGGAGCCGCGGCAGAGCUACGGGCAGAGAGCGCCGAGGUUCCCCUCCUGUGUGAAAGGGCUCCUUUACAGAAAUGCACCCACCAUCUCGACAGGACUAUGUAUCCCUGAGCCUUGCUGGACAAGGAAGUGGAGGUUACAACAACAGUAAGCAGUGGAGGAGACAGUCCUGCUGGAGGAAAUGGAAGCAGCUGUCCAGGCUGCAGCGGAGCCUCAUCCUCUUCAUCCUUGUCCUUAUGUUUAUCUGUGGGAUUGCCACCUAUCCUACCGUCACUGAACACGUCAGAGGCCUUCCAGAUGCAGAGCACGAAGUGGACAGUAACAGCGUCCUGAGGCCUGCCAUCCCUCAUGGGCUGCCUGAGCCUAUCAAACAGGGCCACCCAGCACUGCCAGAACUACCUUCCCAGAGGAAAUUAUCCAAAAAGAGAGGACCACCUGUCCUUCAGAAUCGCCUUCAGAGGAAAGGAAACACUUCAGAUACAGUGGUGGUGGACAAGGCGGCUGACGGCAAGAAAGAAGGGGAGGAGGAGGCAAUUAUCAGCUGGCAUGGAGCAGUGAUCGACACUGAACAGGUCCCAGAGGGCACCAAGGAUGGGGGGAAGAAGGAUUCACCUACCAACCAAGAAGCCAUAAUAUCCAAAGAGUCAGAAACUAGCCGGCUGGAGACGGUGCGGGAAUCUUUCAGACACGCAUGGAGGGGCUAUAAAGAUUUUGCCUGGGGCCAUGAUGAGCUUAGGCCCAUCUCCAAGUCCUACGGCGAGUGGUUUGGCCUUGGUUUGACGCUUAUUGAUGCCCUGGAUACCAUGUGGAUCAUGGGACUUAAAGAAGAAUUUGAAGAAGCAAGGGCGUGGGUGGCCACAGAGUUGUCCUUCAACAAGAAUGUAGAUGUCAACCUGUUUGAGAGCACCAUUCGCAUCUUGGGAGGUCUGCUGAGCACCUACCAUCUAACUGGAGACACCCUGUUCUUAGACAAAGCUAAAGACAUCGGCUCCAGGCUGAUGCCUGCCUUCAACACCCCGUCCAAGAUCCCCUUCUCUGAUGUGAACAUCGGGAAAGGUACAGCCCACUCCCCUCGCUGGACCUCAGACAGCACAGUGGCUGAGGUUACAAGCAUCCAGCUGGAGUUCAAAGAGCUCAGUCGCCUCACCCAGGAUCCCCAGUACGAGGCUGCGGUGGCCGAGGUUAUGAAUCAGGUCCACAAGCUGGACGGCAAGCUGGACGGUCUUGUUCCCAUGUUCAUCAAUACAAACAAUGGACAGUUCACCCAUCAAGGCAUCUACACACUUGGAGCCAGAGCAGACAGCUACUAUGAAUACCUCCUGAAGCAGUGGAUCCAGGGAGGCAAGAAGGACAACCAGAUCUUGGAGGACUAUCUGCAAGCAAUAGAAGGUAUUAAGAAGAACAUGUUGCAGAAGUCUUCUCCUAAUGGCCUUACUUUUGUAGGAGAGGUCUCACAUGGACAGUUCAGCACUAAAAUGGACCAUCUAGUGUGUUUCCUGCCAGGCACUCUGGCCCUUGGUGCUCACAACGGCCUGCCUGCUGAUCAUAUGGAUCUGGCUAAACAGCUGAUGGAGACCUGCUACCAGAUGUACGUGCAGAUGGAGACGGGCCUCAGUCCAGAGAUUGUCCACUUCAACAUGCAUGAGGGCAGCAUACGAGACAUUGAUGUGAAACUCGCUGAUAGACACAACCUCCUGCGACCAGAGACUGUGGAGAGUCUCUUCUACCUUUACAGGUUCACCAAGGACCUCAAGUACCAGCAGUGGGGCUGGGAGAUUCUUAAAAACUUUAACAAGUACACCAAGGUUUCCUCUGGUGGCUAUACCUCCAUCAAUAAUGUGCGCGACCCAGACUACCCGAGUCCUCAAGACAAGAUGGAGAGCUUCUUCCUCGGAGAGACCCUGAAAUAUCUGUACCUUCUCUUCUCAGAUGACCCCGACCUCAUCAGCUUAGACCAGUAUGUCUUCAACACUGAAGCUCAUCCUCUGCCUAUUUGGCCUUCCACUGCGUGACACACACAGUGAAGAAACCAAAUGACAUGUAUAAACACAACAAAUUAUCUCAGGGUUGGUCAAACACCAGGAUGAUAGCUACAUCCGUUCUGUCUCAGUGAGUGACCUCUGCCAAAACCACCCUGAACACAGAUGGAAAAAGCCUAUUUUCUAAUUGGAUCUUUAGUUUGCUCUGUGCCAACGGUCUUGGUGAAAUAACAGGAGCCUGGUCCAGUGUGUAGCUUAUUUAUAAAAAAAAUUAUUUAGGAUUUCUGUUAGUGACAGAGUGUUUUCUGGAGGAGCGGUGGAAGGUUUCUGCUCUCUCUCUCUCUCAGAUAACCUCAGCACUGGAGAGGAUCCUGAAUGUGACUUGAACUGAAGCCUUCUUGUUAUGGGGGGAGGUGGAGUGUCAGGUUGGACUGAUACAGAUGUUUAAUUGAUAUUUUCAGAACAACAAAAAUCACCAUUUUUAUUCCAGAGAAAAUCCUCCCAACACGUUCAUGUCUUAAUUUGUAGCCCUGCUUUGGAAACGAUGGAGAUGUUUCUGAAACAGAAUGUAAUCCAUUGUGACACAAAGCCAGUGUCUGGUGGUCUUACCUCAGUGCGAGGUGUGAAAGCAGCUAAAAAGUUCCCUGACAGCUGCCACCAGCUGUGUGAACUGAAACCAACCGCUGCCUGCUGCACCGAGAACCUGACUGCUCUGCCCACUUGUUUGCACAUGGGUGCCAGCCUUGCAGGGAUCUGAGGAAAAAGCUAAUUCCUCAUCACACUGUAUAUAGUAUUCAAGUGCUCUGGUUAGAACCAUUCUUCCUGAACAGGGCAGAGCGUGCCAACAGGCUGUUAAUACAUUUAUACCUGCAUUAAAAUGUGAUUUAUCAUCAGAUUGUCCAAAUCACCUCCAGACGUCAAGGUAUUAGGAUUGAACAUUGAACACAAAUAUAAUCUUACAGAUGGAAAUACAAAAUGACAUGCUGCUGUGUCAAACCAGUGAAGUAGCAGCUACACAGCUAGCAGCCAUUAGCCAGUAAACACAGGAAGCAGUCCUCACAUUACUCAAGAAACCUGUGGAUGGAGAGAAGACAAGAUCGAAAAAACACAAUUAGGGCUUCACUGAUGGCUGCCAUCUUCUUCUUCUCCUCUUCUUGGUUGCUUUCAUGGAUCUGUUCAUAUAAGAGGAUGGUGAGCUGAACAGAGCGAUCAGACGUGCAUAUAAUCUGAAUACAAGACGCAUUUUAAUGCCAGGUAUAAAAGGAGUCUGUGUCUGCUGUUCUGUGCUGCAUUCAUGUCAUGGGAUGUUACUGCACAUGAUCCCACUCACUAACCUCAGAUCAAGAAGACGUUGCUUGGAAAGUGCUAAUUGAUUAAUGGAUUACUCUGACCAGUCAUAGGCAGCUACAAACGUUUACUGUAGGUUUACGGGCAUAUGAUUUAGUAAAAUAUCUGUUUGUCAUUUGGAAACAUCACGUAUGAAACGUCAAAGUAUUCAUGACUCUGUUCAAAAGCAGGUUUACAAACCAAAAUUAGUUUUUAAACCCCGGGCCACCCAAAAUGUCUCUUCAUGACCUAUACCAAAACCAUGUAGCAGCUUUUCCUCCCUCGUGACAUGAAUGCAACAUCCGUCUCUUCAUGGGACACAGACAAACGUAUUCCAGCUGUUGUCAGGCAGCAGAUUUUCUUCUGAACUGUGAAGCUUUUGUUUUAUGAGUGUAGUCGUGGGUUCCGAGCAUUGAUUUGUUUAUUUCUUUGUGGGUUCUUUUUAUGUGCCCUGAGCAGUUGCUCUUCUCGCGGAAUGUUCCAUUUCAUUAUUUUGUCAUUUUCCUCUGUAAGGCUUUAGUAUUUGUCUUUCUGACUCGUUUGAUUUUAAAUACAAAUUUAGUAUAAUAUAUUGAUUUCUAGUGUAUUUAAAGUUGUAAUUGCAGCUAUCUAAACACACUGAGCUGGGAUUGUGAGUGUUUUGUUCAGUUUUUGUUGUAGUGGCCACAGCAGUUUGCAGUCCUUCCUACCAAUACCACUAGUUUACAUCAUAGCUCCACUUGUAGUUGUUACUUUUAAAAACUUUGAAUUGAGACCAAACUCAUUUUGUUUAUUCCGUUAUUUCCUCACAUGUGCCUUCAAUGUUGCUUCAGACAACAUUCAAAAGACCAACUGUUAGCUGUCUGUGAACGUGCAUUUCUAUUCAUUCCAGCUAUUUUUUACUUGUUGCUGACUUACAACAGUGUGUGGUAAUUGCGAUUGGUGAUAAUUUUUACAGUAGGAUUGAGGAUUGAUAUUUUUCCCUCAUAUCAAUCAUUAGGUUUACAUGAUGCCUAUCUUUCCCAGUGUGUAUUUAAACCCUAUUGACAAGGGCUCUGCGUGAUCCCUCCCUGGAUGUGUUUCAGCAUUAAACCUGAGCCAAAGACAUGCCGGAGAUAUCAUCACCCCCGGCGUCUGGUUUUGUUCUUAUUGAUGAAAAGCCAUUUUCUCCAAAGCCACAUCUUUCAGGAAAAACUAACAAAGGAGAUAUUUUCAGUGCUUUUGAUAACAGGGUCACUGGUGUGGGUUUGGAAGACUGAUGCCACUAUUUUUAGACUAAAGUCACUGACGACUGAUGGAUUUCUAUAUUAGUUGCGGCCACCAAACAGACUGCUUUUAACAGCAGGCUACACACACCACAGCUGUACAGUUGUUAGACUUGUCUAGUAUUCAUCAGUUUCUCAUUAUUAGAUAAUUUACAGUAGAAUCAACACAAAUCACAUUAAAGUGUAUUUUACCAGAGUUGGGAGAUUAAAACCUAAUUUGAAGCAUAUAAAGUACAAGAACAGGACAGCUCUGAGGCAGGUUUUACAAGAGUUGUAGAGUACAGUUGGAGUAUUUGCAGAAAUGGUCUGUUACACAUGUUGCAGACCCACAUGUUCACAUUGUCUGACUUACUGUAAAUCGACACCCGUGGACCUAACUGUCCCUGAAGUGUCCUGGAACGCAGGUCAAGCAUUAAACUGAUCGAUCUAGGAUCAUAUUCAUCACAGAGCGACUGCUAAUUUGAUUCAUUUCUCAGCAGAGAUUCUAGUUUGUCUUUUUUAUAUACCGUCUAUAAGUUUAUCCAAAGUAGCCAAAACAUGACUAAAUACACAUCUGCUGGCAGAGGUUUGAAGAUGCUCCACGUUGAAUACGCCUGUCUUCAUUGUUGGAAAAGUAGCAAUUGGAAUCCAUUUAUUCUAAGACCACCUCACUGUCCUGAGUAUUGUGUGUCCUCUCUGUCUGAAGUGUGACCUUUGCCAAUGCUGUGAGAUGGGAUCUUACAUAUGUGGAAGAGCUUUGUUCUGAUGGAGGGGCAGCAGUAUUGGUUGUUUUUCUUCCAUUUCAAACCUUACACAAUGUAUUGUUAAUAUCACUUGGUGUAAAAUAAAUGCUGGAUCUGCAUUAAUUCUGUGCAAAAAAAGAAAAAUUAAAAAGACUUUAUUGAACAGAAA